AAGUGCAGCAUUGCGAGCUCAAAAUGCUUACUGCUAUAAAAUACACUCGUAGUACCUAUAGGAAACCUCAGUAGAAAAGACAAAAUGCUUCGCGAACGUUUACUACGCAUCGUAGGGACCAUUUCUUAUUACAACUCACUUCUGGUUGGCCUGCUGCCAGCGCCGCUGGACCGCCGACAACAAGAAUUCCGUUCUACGCGCAUUUACCUGACAUAUAGUGCCUUUGUACAUCUCUUUAGUGUAAUAGCCACCACAGUCGUCGGUUGCGUUUACUUCUUCAAUCUUGGUUUUAUGACUACGCAUUUGGUAUUGCAGUGGACCUAUGGUUUAACAUAUUUGGCGAAAAUUCUCUUCAUUAUAGUACUGGUCAAAGAGAUUUGGUGCAAACGAGGUUGUGUUAUGAAAGCAUACACGGAUUAUUGUUUGCUGGAAGCGCGACACAAAGCCUUAUUAAAGAAAAAUCAGUACGUGAUGCCUGACGGAAAUCCUACAAGGAAUGGCGCAGUAAGCGAGCACGGGAAAAUACAAAGCAUCAUCAGAGAUUGUGAAGCUGCGAAGAAAAGUGAAACACGCAAGACGUCCCUAGAAUGCCGUAUUGCCGAUCUCAUCAUUUGCAAAUACCUUCUGGGCUACGGCAUUGUCGUUAUGAAUGCAUAUAAUUUCGUCCACCGGCAAUCAAGCAGCGAUUCGGUUUAUCUCACGAUCACAUUUAUUGCAGUAGCGAUGAAUAUUUUUAUGCUAUCUGCCUUAGGUCAUUUCUUUUAUGUGCUCUGCCAGCUAUAUCGACAAUUUUCUGAAAUAAACCAACAGCUACAGAUAUUAAACGAGCAACUAUACCUGCAUAAAAUGCUGAUUGAAGAUAACGCGGAAAUGAUCGCCUGUCGCAUUAAUUCAUUGACCUCGCUGCACGUCGAUGGCUACCGUUUGGCGCAGCGUAUUUUCACAAUUGCCGAGCAGAUUUUGACUGCCUUGUUGUUACGCCUAUUUGCGGCGAAUAUGCGAACGGUUUAUAAUGUUUGCCUCUUUGUCAACCAAAAUAUGACGCAGAACUUGUGGUCCCUAACCAAAGAACUGCUUUUCACAAUAGUGUUCUUCUGUGAUACGGGAUUGAUGAUGUUCGUGCUAGAUGCAGCGCUUAGGGAAUGCAACGAUACGGGGCAGGUGUUGAAAGAAUUUUCUGAACUGGUGGAGAUACACGAAAUCGACUGCGUGAGAAGAGCGCUGGACACAUUUUCAGCACAUUUGCGCGCCCAUAAACUUCGUUACAUGGUUUGUGGACUCUUCGAAUUUAACAGAGAAGCAUCGUUGCAGUUCUUUUUAAUGGUAUUGGUAAAAGUAACGGUACUUGUUCAAUUCGAUAUGCAAAAUAAAUUGAGGGCGGGAAAAACAUACAUAAUUUAAAUAAAGAACAUC